AUGGCUCGCCGCAGAGUAAAAAAGAGAACCCACAUGGGUGCUAACAACCCCGAGUCCACCGUCCAGGGUCAUGCGACGGCCAAGGACCCCAAGAGCAUGGUCAUUCGCAUUGGCGCUGGUGAGGUCGGUUCCAGCGUCAGCCAGCUCGCUACCGACGUCCGCAAAGUCAUGGAGCCCGGCACGGCAAGCCGGCUCAAGGAGCGCAGAGCCAACAAGCUCAAGGACUACCUCGCCAUGUGCGGUCCGCUGGGCGUCACCCAUCUCAUGCUCUUUUCUCGGUCCGAGAGCGGCAACACAAACCUGCGCGUCGCCUUGACACCCCGCGGCCCGACAAUGAACUUUCGCGUGGACCAAUACUCCCUCUGCAGGGAUGUGCAGAAGAUUCAGAAGCACCCCAAAGGCAUGGGCAAGGAGUUUCUAACGGCGCCUCUGCUCGUCAUGAACAACAUGAGUCGUCCCGAUUCGGCCAGCAAGUCCAAAGUACCAAAGCAUCUCGAGUCCCUGGCUACUACCGUGUUCCGUUCCAUGUUUCCGCCAAUCAACCCCCAGGCCACACCUCUAAAAUCGAUUCGCCGAGUUGUUCUCAUCAACCGGGAGCAGUCCGAGGAAGACGACGGCACCUUUGUGCUCAGCUUCCGCCAUUACGCCAUCACCACAAGACACACGGGCGUCUCCAAGCAGCUGCGCCGCAUCAAUGCCGCGGAGAAGUUGGUGACGACCAAGAACUCGCGCCAAGCGCACAUGCCCAACCUCGGCAAGCUGCAGGACAUUGCCGACUACAUGGUCGGCCAGGACGGCGAGGGCGGGUACAUGACGGAGGCGACGAGCGGCAGCGAGGCUGACACCGACGCCGAAGUCGAGGUCCUGGACGCCGCGCCCCGCAAGGUGCUAUCGACCAAAGCCCGACUGGCCGCCGAGCACAACGGCGAGGCGGAGCAGACGGAGGAGGGCACCGUGGAGCGCCGUGCGGUCAAGCUUGUCGAGCUGGGUCCGCGCCUGCGCCUGCGACUCACCAAGGUUGAAGACGGGCUGUGCGCCGGCAAGAUUAUGUGGCAUGAGUACAUCCACAAGAGCAAGGAGGAGCUCAAGGAUAUGGAGAAGCGCUGGCAGAAGCGCCGCCAGGAGAAAGAGGCGCGCAAGAGGGAGCAAAAGGAUAACGUGGACCGCAAAAAGGCUGAAAAGGAGGCGCGCAAGGGCAACAAGGACGGUAAUGCCGAUGAGGAUGACGACGAGGAGAUGGAGGAUUAUAGCGACUUCGACUCCGACGCUGGUGGUGUGACCGGGGGUGGCGAGGCAGAGUGGGAGGUUGACGAGUAA